UGUGGGAUCUUGUAUUCUGCUUGCGGAAGCUUCCGCCUGCAUUCACCGAGCCGUAUGAAUGAAGCGCUUUGAGGGUUUUUUUUGGUGAGAAGUUCACUUUCAUGGACUCUACAUGAAGGAAAACACGCUGUGGAUUUGUACAACAUCAGUUGAGUGAAGUUAUCACCGAGAUGUCGGAUAAGCCGGUUUUGGCGGAUGGGAACGGCAGUGUUCGAGUCAUCCGGAUUGGCACCCGCAAAAGCCAGUUGGCUCUUAUUCAGACUAACAGUGUUGCUGAAAAGCUGAAAGAACUUUACCCCGACGUGCACCUGGAUAUAAUUGGCAUGAAAACAACAGGAGACAUCAAUCUUGAGACAGCAUUAUCAAAGAUUGGAGAGAAAAGUUUGUUCACCAAAGAGUUGGAGAAUGCUCUGGAGAGGAAUGAAGUUGAUCUGGUGGUUCACUCACUGAAAGACCUUCCCACCACUCUGCCUCCAGGAUUCACCAUCGGAGCUGUACUGAAGCGAGAAAACCCCCAUGAUGCAGUGGUAUUACAUCCAAAAUAUAUUGGCAAAACCCUGGACACACUACCAGAAAAGAGUGUGAUUGGCACCAGUUCACUACGACGGGCUGCACAGCUGAAGAAGAGAUUCCCCCACCUGGAGUUCAAAGAUAUUCGUGGUAACCUAAACACGCGGCUGAAGAAACUAGACGAAAAGGAGGACUUUGGCGCCAUCAUCCUUGCUGCUGCAGGCCUCAGGAGAAUGGGCUGGGAGAACCGGAUCAGCCAGAUUUUGGGGCCUGAAGACUGUAUGUAUGCUGUUGGACAGGGGGCGCUGGCAGUGGAGGUUCGGGUCAGUGAUGUGGACAUCUUGGAGAUGGUGUCUGUCCUUCAUGACCCCAAUACAGUCCUACGCUGCAUAGCUGAGAGAGCCUUCCUCAAACAUCUGGAGGGCGGUUGCAGUGUUCCAGUUGCUGUACACACUGAAGUAAAAGACUCCCAGCUCUACCUGACGGGGGCAGUGUAUAGCCUGGACGGUUCAAACAGUUUGAAGGACACCAUGCAGACUGAUGUUGCUGCUGCUGCUGCUACCGCUGUGACUGCAGAAGAGGUGGAUGAGGGGGUGCAGCGGGUGGGAGUCACUGCCACUAAGAUCUUAGGUAAAGUUCAGGACAAUGCUGAGCGCCUGGGGGUCGCCCUGGCUGAGUUACUACUGAAUAAAGGAGCAAAGGAAAUCCUGACGGUGGCCAGGCAGAUGAACGAUGCCAGAUAAUCUUGUUGGGAUCGGACUGAGUGCCAGAAAGAGGGGAACGGGUCCUACAGUUUCCACAUCACUCUCAGCAUGGUGCAACAUCAUUAUUUACCAUAUUUUCUGGAGUAUAAGUUGCAAAUUGUUAAAAAGAAAUGCUUCUUCAAGAGGAAAAACUCAUAUGUCACACCUUUUUUCUGUAUAAUCAGCUCUUUAAUUUAGGAUUUUUGUGCACUGUUAUAGUGUACUUUGUAUUAUUUGCAAUUAUUAUUUUAUUAUUAGUGCAUUUAGUGAUCAGAUUCUUGGGAAAGUUCAAUAUAAAUAGUCAUUAUAAUUAUUAUUACUGAAUGUGUGAUUUUUCAGUAUAUAAGCAGCACCAUAAGCCACAGGAAAUCCCAAACUCAAAAAAAAAACAAACAAAAAAAAAACCUGUGACUUAUAUUCCUGAAAUACGGUAGUUCUUUAUGUUUGAACAUCAUGGCAGUGCGACAUGAGAUCAAUAGCGACAGUGUUUGUGAUGACCCCAAACAGUGUACAGACCAAAGUCGUGCAUUCUUUGUGAUGUCAUUAUGCCAGCUUUGACAUGCUGGUUAAUCAGCUGUCAGCAGCAAUCUGAUGUACUGUCUUUUAUAUAUCCAUAUAUACAUGUUCCUACUGGUUUUACAUGUAAGAAUCCUGGAAUUUACUUUGAACAUUAUUAUACUGACUUUUCCUGACUGUUGGUGGUAAAGAUUAACCCUCAUUAUUGCUGAAGGUAUCACACAGCUCUAAAAUUUCAUUAUUCUCAUAUAUACACUCACUAGCCACUUCUUUAUGUACAUCUGUGCAAUUGGUUAUGAAGGCCAAUAUUGGUCAAUCAUGAAGCAGAUGCUCAAUGCGUUUAUGCUUGCAGACAUGGUCAAGAAGCUCUCCUGAAGUCAAACAAAAAUCAGAUCAGGCAGAAAAAGGUGAUUUAAGUGACUUUGAACAUAGCAUUCUUGUUGGUGCCAGAAGCACUUGCUUUGAGUAUUUCACAAACUGCUGAGUUGCAGGGAUUUUCACCUACAACCAUGUUUAAGUUCUAGAGAGAAGGUUUCACAGUAGAACAAACAUCAAGUGAGUAGUGGUUCUCUGGAUGAAAAUGCCUUGUUGAUGGCACAGGGCAGAGAUGAAAAGCCAGACUGGUGCAAGCCGAUACGAAGAUACCAGUAAUGCACAUAGUCUCUGCAUUACUAACCAAGGUAUGCAGAACAGCAUCUCUGAGCACAGCAGCACACAUGUUGAACCAGGUGGGUGUCUGCUGCAAAAGACCACACCAAGUCUGUCAAUCCUGUCGGCUAAAAACAGGAAACGGAGUCUACAGUGAGAAUGGCUCAACAGAACUGCACAAUGGAAGACUGGAAAAAUGUGCCACAUGUUUCAUUUCUGCUACAGUCAGGUUUUGCUUAACAUGAAAGCAUGAAUCCAUCCUGCCUUAGAUCAAAAAAUUUGAGCUGAUGGUGAAAUGGUGCCAAUGGUCUCACAUCAAUAUGGUCCAAAAUCUCUUACACUUGCAAAGUGAAAUUAAACCACAAACAAUUACAGCAGUUCUGAAAGCAGAGAUUGACCGACAUGGCAAGGUGUACCUAAUAAAGUGGCCACACAUAAGGGUUUUAAGUUAAUGUUCAACAUCAACUGUGAUUGUUCACCGUAAGCAGAAAGAAGAGUUCACCCCACAUGCCUUUUUAAGCUCUGAACUCCAAAGGGCCUCUUUUGGAAAAGAGUUUUGAUCUUACCAAAUGCGUGGGUUCACUUUGUGUUUCAGAUCAGUGACACCUUUCUCAUUUAGGUCUAAGCUGACCAAGCGGCACCUCACAUUUCACCUUUUAGUUUAUACAGUACUCAUCAGGCGGUAUUCAUGGAAGUUAUACAUGAUUUUGAAAUGGUUUUAGAAUGAAUUGUCUAAUUUAUAGUCAACAUAUCUAUUCUACACUUAAUGUACUACAGUCAUUUAACAAGUGAAAUUUCAAUAAGAUAUAACUUCUUUUUAGAUUAUGCAUCUUAAAAAUCUUAUUGCACGUCAUGUUUUGAAUCAUGAGAUAAAACAAGUAUUUUUGACUUGCAAACUUGACUUGUAAAAAAUACAAUAUUUCCUAAUACUAGUAAGCUCAAGCUCAAAAUGAGUUUUCUCCACUAUUUCUGGUUUGUUUCAAGAAUUAAGUGAUAAUUGUUUCAGUAAUUAAGUAAGAAUUAAUUACCUUUCACUUGUUCCAUGGCCAGACCUUUUUUUUGUAACAAGUUAAAAAUGCCUUUUUUCAUGCAUCAAAAAUAUUGCUAGUUGACCAAGUGGAAAUUAAUUUAAGAAUUCUUGAAAUACUGCUGAGAAGAUUAAUUUUGAGCUCUAUUUUACUAGUAUUAGGAAGCAUUGUAACUUUUACAAACACAGCAUCUUAAGAACCUUAUUGUUAGUUUAAAAAAAAAAGUUCCAAAAUGAGAUGUUUCUAAAACUGACAAGCUAUUUAAGAUGUAUUAUCUGAAAACAUGUCUUUAUGGCUGACUGAAAUUUUUUGUAGAUUUAGUUUGACUUGAAAUUAGACAAACCUAGUCUGUGAAGCCCCGUCACACAUAGCAAGAAUGUGCCGGAGCCAUGCCCGACACGGCAAAUAUUGGCGUAAUCCAACACAGUCUUGAGGAAAAGAGGUGUGGUCUGCAGUGUCGGAGCGCAGACAGACUGCCUUGUCCACCGUCAGAUCACAUCCAGAGUGUACGUAGACGACACAGACUGCUGUCAAGACGGCCAUAAAAGGUGCUGCAGACUGCCUGAUCUCCAAAUGUCUGGAUGGCAAACACUGACCAGCGUGCUGUGUUCACACAUGCGAAUGCACAGUGUGUGUGGCGCAUGUGCAGUCCGCGCACACAGGUGGGGCUGUAAUUAUCACUCAGUCAUGUGUGCGUGGGCCACUAAGCGCAGGCAUGCAGGGUGCAGUGGAUACCUUCACUCAAAGUUUGCUGGCAUUGGGCCAUGCAGUCCAUCAGACAGAGUGCCUUUCCAGGGAACUUUCUUUUACUUGUUUGCCCACUUCGCGAGCACUCUGGACACCGCGAUGAUUGUUGGAUUAUCACAUGGAAUUAAUUUUUUCCUUUUGGUUGAGAGGAUUCUCACCCAAAAGGAAACACUCCUGGACCGCUGUUGAAGGUGAGAUUCAUGUUUAUUAAUGGUGUAACGGCCUGGCACAAGUUCCAUGUUAUAUUUCCUAUAGUUAAGUGGUGAUCAUCUAUUACAGCGUGAGAUCCUUCCAGCUCCAAGCCUGAUGUGUGCAAUGAUGUGUUACUGUGUAUCACAGAGAGGGGCAGCUGCCCGUGUUAAUGAUAGAGACAGUAGUUCACAUUAUAUACGUCACCCAUGGGAAGGAAUGGACAAAUAUCUGUACUGUCAGGUCUAUUGUGGAUAUAACAGCCUGUUCAGAUCUUCGGCAGCGUUCGUGCAGUAGUGCACGGAGCGUUCAGUUUGAUAGCCGCUGUUCACAUUCACUAUACAUGAUGAUAAUUCAUAAUUAUUAUCAUGAUGAAGCGUACCACAUACAUUUCAACGGUUCCCUUGCGCUCUAGGGGGUGGCAGUGCAGGUCAUAUCGGCAGGCUUUGCGGUGCAAGAUCCAUCUCAAGGUUCCCUCGUAUAUGCUCAAAUCAUUUCGGAUCCCGUUUUGUCGCCAUCAAAUAUGUAAAUUCCGGUUAGAUGGUGCCCAGAUUGCACAUGGACCACCGUCGGAUAGGUGUUCCAUCUCGACCGCGCUUGGAGAGUUUUGAACAUGUGCAUCACACUCGGGGCCGCUGGGCGAUUUUGACCAACUGUGUCGACUUCUGCAGAUGGCUGUCAGAAGGUUUUGAAACUGAAAUCCGACAUUUUUCGGAUGUGCAAUUCAUAAGUCCGAUGCAACUGCGUGAUUCCGGCUAUGUGUGACAGAGGGAAUAAGAGUUGCCCCCCGUGUUCUUAUACAGUUUUUUUCCUGCAGAAACAUCUAUCUGCUCCUGUUUACUAAAACAUUUUCAGCUGAGGAUGUUUGCUGCUCUUCAGAGAGCUACCUUCCUCUUUUAGAGAUGUGAUUAUAUUUAAUAUACACUGUGGUGGUAAAUGAAGUUUGCACAGCUUUGUAAAUGAACUAGUUUUACCACAUGGAGCAUAUCUGCAGUGCAUGCUGCACCACACACAAACCACUGUGUUUAGUUUUACUGCUUGUGCCUUCAUUUCCAUUUGUAAUUGCGCUGACAUGCUCUAAUACGGACACUUUCACUCGUCUUUUAAUGAUUGCUUAAAGAAUAAAUAAAUGAGGAGCAUAGCCAAUUCUUUGUCAGAGUUAAAGAGUACUACAGUUCCAGAAGAGGACCAGUUUCUAAGUAGUCACUCCUCUGUCGGGGUUGUACAUGAUUUAGAUCUUCCUUCUCACCACGGUCACAUUUCAUCUUCAGAUGGCACAUUUGAUUUACUUUAAACAUCAUCUAUGUUUCUUUGCUGCGUUACCAUGUUUUUGAAAUUUGUUUAAAUGGCCGUAAUAAUGGUGAUAUAUUUAAUAAAAAGAUGUUCAUCACUGUUGUUUU